CUUAUAGAACAUAGAUGCAUGGAACAUAGCAGAAAUCACCAUUGGCUUGUGUUGAUUUUGCAAAGAAUAACAUCGUGUAGUACUCAGAGUUGGUACUCUGAUCUUGUAAAGUUCCCUGCGACGCUCGUGGCUGCAGAUGGGUACAGAUAAUUAUGCUUGAUGUAAAUUUUAAUGAGUAUGCAGAGGAUCCUAGCACUUGUUCAUGUCCAACAUCAUCUCUUUUCAUCCCCAUACGUGUUGAGGGCAUGUCACGAGGUCUCAAAGCUAAUCAGGAUGAUCACUUACCUCUUAUUGAAUUUGCCUACAAUGACAGUUACCACGCAAGUAUCAAGUUGACACCCUUUGGGGCUUUAUAUCAAGAUGCCCCCAAUAAUUGUUUAUUCAAAACGUGGAUCUUGUAGUCAGAUUAUAUUAUCAAAACGCCAACUACGAUUCACUAUCUACUAGACUAAUAUCAGUCAAUGAAGAAACAAUAAAGAACAAGAAAAGGUUGGCAAUUACAACUUGGUAAUUUGGUAACUUGAUCCCCAAGAACCACCCACCAUCCAUUGAUUGAGGGAUCCAGUAGCUGCUUUAUUGACUCUAAUAUUCACUAUAUAUCUCAUUGCUGAAAACAGGCUAAUUAACAACAAUUCCGUGACUGAUCUUGUUUGUUUUGUACAAUGGCCAAGAAGCCAGUGAAAUACGUUGUGGUGGAUGCCUUCACUGAUACUGCAUUGAAAGGGAAUCCAGCAGCUGUUUGCUUACUGGAGGAAGAGAAAGAUGAUAAAUGGUUACAAUCCGUUGCUGCAGAAUUCAGUAUCUCUGAAACGUGUUAUCUUAUUCUGCUUAAUGAAGUGAAUGAGCCCACAAAACAAACCCCAGAUUUGGCCUUCGUUGGUUCACUCCAGUUGAUGAGGUUCAACUUCUUCCCGUCUUUGUUUUCUAAAUCUUCAUUCAACUCUGUUAGCCAAUUAGGUCUCAUUUGGUUAGGAAACAAGUUAUCUGGCUUAACUCAUCUUGGGAUUAGUCCCGGUACCAAUUUUUGGGUUAUUAGUCUACUGGUAGGUUUAUGA